AUGAUCAUAAAUGGUGCUUCUAAUCCUAUUAUAUGUCAUUGUUUUCCUACCUUUUUAGAUAGUCUUGCACUUGAUUGGUUUUCAUCUUUGCCUGUAGAUUCAAUUUCACGCUUUCAGGAGCUCACCAAGCAAUUCGAAGAACAGUUUGCUACCUCUUCCAUCUAUUUACAUGAUUCUGACUAUCUAUUCACCAUCAAACAUAGGCAGCACAAGAGUUUAAAUGACUAUAUCACCCGCUUCACCAAAGUGGCAAUGAGCAUUCUAAACCUCCACCCCGAGGUGCACCUGCAUGCUAUAAAGAGUGGACUCCGCUUAGGAAAAUUGCAGGAAACCAUAAUAGUGGCAAAACCCAAAACCUUGGCCGAGUUCUGUGAAAAGGCUAAAGGUCAAAUGAAAAUCAAAGAGCUACUGCAAGUUCAGAAGUCCGAGAAGAAUCAAAAUAGCAAAGAUGAUGAUGAAGCUCAAGACAACAAGAAACCCCUCCAGCUGACACCACACUAUAAUUCUUAA